GGCCCUGGGGUGGCGGGCGUGUGCGCAUGCUCCGUGCGGGGUUGGGCUCCAGUUCCCGGAGCACCCCGGCGCGGUGACGGCUGUUGGGGUGUCUGUAGGGUGUCGGUGUGAGGCGGAGCGGGGUCAGCGCGAGGUAGCUCUGUGGGAGUGGAAGGCCCGGGUUCGCUACCUGGACCGCACGCUCCCGGCGCCCGGAGGAGGCAGAGCUCCCGAUUUGCUUUGAGGUCACAUUGAUAUGAAUUGUGGAGUCACCUGAUAGCGUCACCUGGGAAAGACACACUUCUUUCUUAUUAAAAAACCAGAAGGAAAGGAAAUGCCCUGAGGAAUCAUGCCAAAUGAUCAAUCUACAUAUUUUUGUAUUAUUAAUAUAUAUUUUAACCAAUCAAGACCUAUGACUUGUACAUGAAAGAAAACAAUUGGUUUACCAGUGUUAUUUUUAGCAGUUUUUAAAAGACUACUACAUUACUGUGUAGAAAUCUCCUCUAAGAUUUAACGUAUAAAAAUUUGAAAGGCCUUGGUUUUGGUGUGUGGCUUCAACAUUUACUUGUUCUAUUUUCUACUUGCCAAAGUCUUCCAAAAUUUUAACACUAAGAAAGUUAUGGACUUGGAAACUUUCAUUCCUGCAAUAGACUGCAGUGAAUUUCAGUGGACAAUUCAAGACAUCAUCCAUUUCAUCCUCCAAAAUAUCACAUAAGCACAGAAUUCUUAGUUUUAAUGUGAACAAAGUUUCUUUAGAAUGGCUUGGGUGAAAUUCUUACGGAAACCAGGUGGCAAUCUUGGAAAAGCUUAUCCAGCUGGAAGUAUGCUGUCGCUGGCCCCUACCAAAGGCUUAUUAAAUGAACCAGGGCAGAACAGCUGCUUUCUUAAUAGUGCGGUGCAGGUUUUGUGGCAAUUGGAUAUAUUCAGACGAAGCCUGCGAGUUCUGACUGGACAUGUGUGUCAGGGAGAUGCCUGCAUAUUCUGUGCAUUGAAGACAAUAUUUGCACAAUUUCAACACAGCCGAGAAAAAGCACUUCCCUCAGAUAACAUCAGGCAUGCUCUUGCAGAAAGCUUCAAAGAUGAGCAGCGGUUCCAACUUGGCCUUAUGGAUGAUGCUGCAGAGUGCUUUGAAAAUAUACUGGAGAGGAUUCACUUUCACCUAGUGCCAAGCAGAGAUGCAGACAUGUGCACCUCUAAAUCCUGUAUUACUCACCAGAAGUUUGCUAUGACCCUGUAUGAACAGUGUGUGUGUCGUAGCUGUGGCGCGUCAUCAGACCCUCUACCCUUUACCGAGUUUGUGCGCUACAUUUCUACAACAGCCCUAUGCAAUGAAGUUGAGAGAAUGAUGGAAAGGCAUGAACGCUUUAAACCAGAAAUGUUUGCAGAACUGCUUCAAGCAGCAAAUACAACUGAUGACUACAGGAAAUGUCCUAGUAACUGUGGUCAGAAAAUAAAAAUCCGCCGUGUUUUAAUGAAUUGCCCUGAGAUUGUGACGAUUGGUUUAGUCUGGGAUUCUGAACAUUCAGACCUGACCGAAGAUGUUGUCCGGAACUUGGCUACUCAUCUCUACCUUCCUGGGCUUUUCUACAGGGUUACAGAUGAAAAUGCCAGAAAUAGUGAACUUCACCUCGUUGGUGUGAUCUGUUAUACUAGCCGACAUUAUUGUGCCUUUGCCUUUCAUACUAAGAGUUCCAAGUGGGUGUUUUUUGAUGAUGCAAAUGUGAAAGAGGUGGGAACUAAAUGGAAAGAUGUGGUCUCCAAGUGCAUCCGGUGUCACUUCCAGCCUCUGCUCUUGUUUUAUGCAAACCCAGAUGGUACAGCCAUCUCCACCGAGGAUGCACUCAGGCAGGUUGUCAGCUGGUCACAUUACAAAUCUGUGGCAGAAAAUAUGGGAUUUGAAAAGUCUGCAGUUUACAAAGCAGAUAAUUCCAAAGAAAAUGGAUUCAGUGAUCAAGCAAAACAGAGGGAAAGUCAGAAACUUCAAACCAAUAAUAUUUCAUCAUUUAAUCGGAGUCAUAUUCAGACAAGUGGAGGGAGAGGACCAGUUAAGUUGAACCACAAUGAUCAAAGGGAAAAGAUAAAGGACAUUUCCAGAGAGUGUGCUCUGAAAGCCAUUGAACAGAAGAAUUUACUUUCUUCACAAAGGAAAGAUUUAGAAAAAGGACAAAGGAAAGAUGUAGGCCGACACCGAGAUUUGAUGGAUGAAGACCUCUCACACUAUAAGUCUGGAUCACCUCCUGCCCCAAAUGGUUUUAGGCAGUAUGGGAAUCCACAUCUUUAUCAUAGUCAAGGAAAAGGACCCUACAAACAUGACCGGGUUGCUCAUCAAAGUCGAGCUUCUGGACAAACAAGUUCAGGCAAAUCCCACAUUCUUAUUCCAGGAGAGAAAGUAAUAGGCCGCGUUAAGAGUGACAGUGCUGCUGGGUACGACACUGACAACAGCCAAGAUUCCCGGGAGAAAGGAGGCAGCUGCAAUAGCAGUAAAAGCCGGAACCGAGGCUGGAAACCCAUGAGGGAAACAUUAAAUGUCGAUAGUGUUUUUAGCGAGAGUGAGAAGAAGCAGCAUAGCCCCAGACACAAGGCGAGUCUUGCCAACAAACCUAAAUGUGGCAAAGAUCAGAGUUUGAAUAAUUGGCCCAAAGAAAAUCUGAAGCAGAAAGGCUUAAUGACCAUCUAUGAAGAUGAAAUAAAGCAAGAAAUAGAAAACAGAACUUCCCUUGAGUCAAAUGGGAAAGCAGAAAAAGCUAAAGGCCUGAUGGAGAAUAAAGGUCAUGGUGACAACUGGCAGAUGCAAAGGACGGAGUCUGGAUAUGAAAGCAGUGACCAUGUCAGUAACGGGUCUGGGAACUUGGACUCACCUGUCAUUGAUAGAAGUGGUGCAGGAAUGGAUAUGAGUGGUGGUAAAGAAUCAGUGGCCUCCAGUGACCGAGUUAGAAUGAAUAACUUCAGUACAGGACUUGAGGACUAUACCUCCCAUCUCAACAAAAACCCCUCAGAAGGGUCCACCCCAGGCUUUAGAGAAGAAUUGAAGGAUUUGGAAACUGGCCAUAAAUCUCAUGAGCUCCAUCCAGAAUCACAUCUGCAAAUAAAUCAUUUAACAAAAAGGCCACCCACCUGUGAAGCCAGUAAGAAGUUAUCUCCUUCGUACAGCCCCCACAUUCCCAAGGACCCUGCCGUGAGAGAACGUGUUCACCCGCCAGAGGAACAGAAAUUGGAAAAACCAAAUGGAUGUAAAUUUUCUGAGUGGCUUCAUACAGAAAACUCUGAGAGAACAAGUUUGCCAUUCCAGGUUGAUGAUGGUUCUGUGCCUGGAAAGAGAGUGAAUGGUAGUGAAAAAGUCUCUCCAUCUUCCUUGUGUUCUGCACACUUGAGCACUGCAGGGUUAAAGCCAGAUACUGCUCCCACUGUCCCGCAGCAACACACAAUGGAACCCUGUUCCUCCGAGAACUCUCUCUCCAAGGAACACAUAGUUCAUUCAACCUGCAGGUCUGAGGCUGUGCUGAUGCCAAAGCUCUGCCAGAAUCAACCUCCCCCUUUGCCACCAAAGAAAUACACUAUAUCCAUUGUGCCACAGUCAGUCAAAAAGGCGUCUCUACCUGAUGUGAAACAUACAGAAGUGUUGAAAGAAAGUUCCUCUCAUCCUCCAACAAACACCUUAAAUACAGUUUCAGAACCCAGUUUUGAAGUGAGUCCACAGAAGAACAAUGGACAAUGUCAGGAAACAAUCCAAUUAAAACAGCGUGGCAGCAACACAGCAACCCACCCUUCUGCCUCUACAGCGAGUGACUUUCAGGCAAACUCAGGUGCAGCUGUUGAUGCCUUUUGCCAACUAGAUCUAGACUCUAACACUGCAUGCCCAAAUGAGACAGUUUCAUUAACCACCUAUUUUUCCGUUGAUAGUUGCAUGACUGAUACAUACAGACUGAAAUACCAUCAAAGACCCAAGCUCUGUUUUCCAGAACUCCCUUCCGGGGAAGGACCUGUGUUGUCUAAUAGUCUUGGUUCAAGCUGUCCUUCUGAGCAGAGCUAUAAGCCUAGCAUACAUUCUAAUAGAUGAUCAAAUCGCCCAGCAUCUGUGGCUUGAAGGCCAUUAAAAGAUACCAAGUGACCAAACCUAGUGAUCCACAAAAUUAAAACCAUUGCAUUUAAAAAACUCUUAAUCACUUUAUAUACAAAGAUGUGAUGAUCCAUUUCCAGAAUGUUUUAGAAACUUUUUUGAGUACUCUUGGCAUGCUUUGAAAAAAACAGGUAAUCAGGGAGUAUAUUGUAAUCCAUUUGCUGUAUGGAACAGCUGAGUACAAAUGACAUUUGUCCCCCAUCAUGUGGCUAAGAAAUCUCUUAAGUGUUUAGCCAGUAUUCACAUGUUGGUUGGCAAAUGACACUAACUGAAAAGUGCCAGGCAGUACCUGGAUUAUCUGUCUAAUGAAAGCAGUAUUUGCUUUUCUGCAGAGCACUUUCUAAUGUAUAACCAGAAGAGGGCUGUACCCAUUUGGUUUUGGCUUCUGUGAAAGUCUAUCACAUGACCCCUUCAAGUGUCUUAAAAAAUAGUGGACCGACGAAGUCCUAUAGCAUUUGGGAAGGAAUGCCUUAAUGAUGAACAAUUUCUAAACGACACUACAAGGUCAGAUAGAACUUGUGUUUGUUUGCUCCUACAGUCUUUUCUUUAGAAUAUCUAGUUAACAUAAAUUAGGCCUUUGACAAUAUGUAUUUACAAAUAUUACUUCAGCUGUGUAAGCUAAAAGGUCAAAAUACUUUAAAAUAUUUAUUUAUCUUGUUACAUUAUUUUUCUAAUUUUUAUGAAAUGUGAAAGUUUUUAUUUUGGUUUUGUUUACUUUGGGCUGCUAAUAUUUACAGUGUUAGGAAUCAGCCUUGGGCCUCUGAGGGCCUGUCUCAGAAACUGCCUGUGCUUUCUCUGCUCUAGUCUUACUUGCUUCAAGGUUGUCAAUUAAGCUAUUUGGUUUUCUAUGUUAAAUUUUAUAGAGAGCUUUAUUUUAACUUAAUUCAUUUGAGCUUCCUUCCCAAUUUUUUCCCUCUACCACAUCACCAUUUUAUCCCAACUACAUGGAGAGAACUUAUCAGUAAAAAUGUUAUUUUAAUUGCCUUAUUUCAUUAAUUUUCAUUUUAUUUGUAAUGGACUGAUAAAUUGAUUUACAAUAGUUUUAUAAUGUCUUUGCCAGAGAAUUAAGAGUUACAGGAUUAAUGCUUUCUUUAAAGUGGGUAAACUUCAUAAAUAACUUUGUAAUAAAAAACCUAGCAAAUUUAGUAUCUUCGUCAAUUCUAUAAAAGGUGAUCAAGGGUCCCAAAAUGUAACUGGCUAAAACCUCCCCAGCCAUUAGAUCUUUGCCAAAUUCUAUCUUUAACCUAUAGAGAACUUUUUGCUAGACUUUUCUAACUCUUAGUAGUUGAUGGUUAUGUUUGUAUUUUUUAUUUAGAAGAAUUUGAUCAUCAACUAAAUUAAAUUUUAUCUUUUAAGAAAGUGUAUUUUUCAGUUUUUAGCACAGAGAGUUUGUAAAUAAUGUAAACUCUGUAAAAUUUUAUUUGAAAUGCCUGGUUUUUGUUACUUUUAUAAUGUAAAAUGCUAGGAAAAAAUGGGCUUCUAGUAUUUUUAAUAGUUUCAAAAACUUUCUGUGUAGAUUUUUGUUUUCUCGUUUCUGUUUGGUCCCCAUGCCCAGUUGGAAAUGCAUUAUUUGAAACACUUAAGCAACUUGUAUAUUUAACAGCAGUUUCAUAAAUUUAUCAUAUUAACUCAGCUGUAUUUGCCAACAUAAAGUAGAAAUGUCUGAUUUUUCCUUUCAAUGCACUUCUCCAGUGAAAACCUCCUGAGUCAUGCCAUGUAAUGCACUGACAAGGUAGAACUGACCAUUUCUUUUUCUGUUGCUUCAACACUCCAAACACGGAUUCAGUACAUUUAGCCAUUUACAUGUAAGCUGUGUUUUUGUACUUCUAGGGUGCCUAUAUAUCAUUGUCAUCUGUUAUAAACUUACAGCUUUUUAAAUAAUGCAACCAACAGUGGUUCUGUUUCAAAUAUUUCAGAAUAUAUUAAUGUGAAAUCAGUUUCUUCUGGUUCAGUUAAGAUAAAUUGAAUUUAAGUGAAUUAUAGUUGGACUUUUCUUUCCAUUCAUAAACUGUGUGACUCAUCCCUUCCACCAUGGCAUGGAAAUGUUUUAAAGUUUAAGGGUACUUGAAAUUUCACUGAUCAUCAAAUGUUGUCACAGGGAUUAUGAGUUAAACCCUUCUUGAGUCUAAACUGUAGCUCCUAAGGAAAUUGACAAACUUUUUAGAGACCAAUAGUCUUUAUAAUCUUAAGACUUCCUUAGCAGUAACUUUUUGUGUUAUUAAAACAGCUUUAAAGGAUA